AUGGCUGCGCUGCGGAGGCUCCUGUGGCCGCCGCCCCGGCUCCCGCCUCCGCUGUCCCCUCAGUGGCCCCUUCCCAGGCCUUGGGGGUGGCCUGCGGGGGUGGCCUCGAGCCCCGCGGGCCGGCCCUUCUCCUGCCGGGAGGAGGACGAGGGCGCCGUGGCGGCGGCGGCGUGGAGGCGGCGGCGGCGCUGGGGCGAGCUGAGCAUCGCGGCGGCGGCCGGCGGGGGGCUAGUGGGCCUCGUGUGCUACCAGCUCUACGGGGACCCCCGGGCCGCACCCCCGCCGGCGCCCGGACGCCCCUCCGACAGCCCGACGGGAGAGCCCGAGGCCGCGCCCCGCGCCCGGGGGCUGCUCCCCAUCCCGGUCGCCGCUGCCAAGGAGACGGUCGCUAUGGGCAAAACAGACACGGAAGACUUAGACCUCUAUGCAACCUCGCGGGAGCGGAGGUUUCGUUUAUUUGCCUCUAUAGAAUGUGACGGACAGUUGUUCAUGACUCCAUAUGAUUUUAUUUUGGCUGUUACAACAGAUGAGCCCAAAUAUGCUAAAACAUGGAAAUCAUUUUCCAAACAGCAGAGGUGGAGGGGUAUACAAGAGAGGGGGCUCGAAGAGGCUUGUAAGGAAUUAAAUCAAAUGCUUUCAGAAACACCGCCUGUUUGGAAAGGAUCAUCAAAGCUAUUUCGAAAUCUUAAAGACAAAGGUGUGAUUUCAUACACAGAAUAUCUUUUUCUUUUAUGCAUUUUAACAAAGCCACACGCAGGUUUUAGAAUAGCUUUCAACAUGUUUGACACUGAUGGCAAUGAGAUGGUGGAUAAAAAGGAAUUUCUGGUGCUUCAAGAGAUAUUCAGGAAAAAAAAUGAGAAGAGAGAAACUAAAGGAGAUGAAGAAAAACGUGCACUGCUGCGUCUUCAACUUUAUGGAUACCAUUCUUCUACUAAUAGUGUACUGAAAACAGAUGGAGAGGAAAUUGUCUCCAGAAGCUACUGGGAUACGCUGAGACGUAACACAAGCCAGGCCCUCUUUUCAGACCUUGCAGAGCGGGCUGAUGACAUCUCGUGUUUAGUAGCAGAUACUACACUUCUUGUACACUUUUUUGGAAGGAAAGGAAAAGCUGAGCUCAACUUUGAAGACUUUUAUAGAUUCAUGGAUAACCUCCAAACAGAAGUCCUAGAAAUAGAAUUCCUUUCCUACUCUAAUGGAAUGAAUACCAUCAGUGAAGAAGAUUUUGCUCACAUUCUUUUGAGAUAUACUAAUGUGGAAAAUACGUCAGUAUUUUUGGAAAAUGUGCGUUACAGCAUACCUGAAGAAAAGGGCAUCACAUUUGAUGAGUUCAGAUCAUUUUUCCAGUUUUUGAAUAACCUAGAAGACUUCGCAAUAGCCUUGAAUAUGUAUAACUUUGCGAGUCGCUCUAUAGGGCAAGAUGAAUUUAAGCGUGCCGUGUAUGUAGCCACCGGCCUCAAAUUUUCACCACAUUUAGUGAACACUGUCUUCAAGAUUUUUGAUGUUGACAAAGAUGAUCAAUUAAGUUACAAAGAAUUUAUUGGAAUUAUGAAAGACAGACUCCAUAGAGGAUUCCGGGGUUAUAAAACAGUUCAGAAGUAUCCUACUUUCAAAUCCUGUCUGAAGAAGGAACUUCACAGCAGAUAAAACAGUAGCUUGCCACCGUUGAGGUGUGGUCUAAAACUGGACGGGAACACACACUUGUCUGACUGGAAUUCUUGCUGGAGUGUCUCGAUUGAAAAUGUUUCUGUGUAAUCUGCAUUUCCUGCUCGAGCAGAUACGAUAUAAUGAAUCCAUGUGGGGUUAUUGUAACCUAGGAUGGUUGCAACCUAAGGAACACUUGUUACUAUUGUUUUUUAAAAUCAUGACUCUGAGCAUGUGCUACAACCAUAAAAAAAAAAAAAUUUAGCAGAUUUUUUGGAGUUAUUACAAGGUGCCUGGCACUAUACUAAGUGUCUGUCCCCAUGUCGUGUCUUAUUUAAUCCUCACAGACAUCCCAGUUAACCACAAAAAAAAAAAAAAACAUUGCCGUUGAGUCGAUUCCGACUCAUAGUGACCAUAUAAGGCAGAGUAGAACUGCCCCAUACAGUUUCCAAGGAGCACCUGGUGGAUUUGGACUGCCAACCUUUUGGAUAGCAGCCAUAGCACUUAACCACUGCACCGCUAGUGUUUCCUCCCAAUUAACAGCAGAGAGAAAUCAGGGCUUAGAGAGUAAGUAACUUGCCUGAGGUCACAGGGCUAGUAAGUGGCAGACCAGGCUUUGAACCUCGUCCUGUCUGAUGGAAAAGCCUGUGCUAUUUAUUAUUUACUACACUAUCACCAAACCAAAACACCCAAACCCAUUGCUGUCGAGUCGAUUCCAGCUCAUAGCGACCCUGCAGAACAGAGUAGAACUGCCCGCAUGGGUUUCCAAGGAGCAGCUGGUGGAUUCAAACUGCCAACCUUUGGGUUAGCAGCCCUGAGCUCUAAACCACUGCACUACCAGGGGUCCACACUGUUACAAUAGAUUGCAACAGUUGAGAAAAAUACAUGAGGUUUGUUAGAUUUAUAUUGACCCAAAUAAAUAUCUCAAACUUGUUGCUAAUCUUGAAAAUGAGGGGUUUGCUUUUCAUUUUUUCCUUUAUAAGUUGACUGUAGCUGGAUAAUUUUGGUCAGUUAUGAGUGCUAAUUAGUUGGGUUUCUACUAUAAGAGUUUGUUGUUUAUUUAUAAAUCCUUUAAAAAUAUCCACGUAUGUAUUUUUUGCUGUAUUUCUCAAGCUGGAAACAUUAUAUAUUGUCUAUCUAUAGAAGUGUUUGGGGUCCCUGGGUGGUAUACACAGUUAAUGCGCUCAGCUGCUGACCAAAAGAUUGGCAGUUCCAGUCUCCUCAGGGGCACCUCGGAAGAGAAGAGCCUACUUCAGAAAAAUCAGCCGUUGACAACCCUGUGGAGCACAGUUCUAUGGGGUCACCGUAACUUGGAAUCAACUCCAUGGCAAGUGUUCCCAAAGUAAUUCAAUAGGAUAUUAAUGCGCAUUACUCUAAAAAAAAACAAAAAAGUGUUGCUUAGUCAAAUAAUUUUGAGAAAUAUCAUAAUAAAGCACAGUUAAAUAGAUUCCUUCCCACAUAGAACUUAUGGGUCUUUUAUAUGUCUCUCUACAAGGAGACCGCGGUACCCAGCAUUCUGCCAAGUAGCUCUGAGGCUCGGUGUUUUAGGAACCCACUUUGGGAAAUGCUGAUCUAAAACGUUUAGAGGCAAGCAGGCUCAUUUACUUAUCUAUGGUGGUAACUGUUGUCAUGGAGCUAAGAAGAGAAGUUAGGUCUUUGUACUCUCCGGCACUGGUAGUUCAGUGGUAGAAUUCUCGCCUUCCGUGCAGGAGACCCCGGUUUGACUCCCAGCCGGUGCACCUCACGUGCGGCCACCACCCAUCUGUCAGUGGGGCCUUGCAUGUAGCUAUGAUGCUGAACACGUUUCAGCAGAGCUUCUAGAUUAAGGUGGAGCAGGAAGAAAGCCUGGUGAUCUCCUUCCAACAAUCAGCCAGCAAGCACCCUAUGGAUCACAACCAUCCAGUCUGCAGUCAGUCAUGGUGAUGGCGUGGGACCCGUGCUGCAUUUCAUUCAGUUACGUGUGGGUUCGCCAUGAGUUGGGGGUGACUUGACAGCACCUAACCACAAUAACAUACUGUCCUGUGAGAACUUAAAAUGAGAAAUAAAUUAGGGCGCCAUUUACGUGUCCAUGGAGUGUUCCCAACCAAGUAGUAACAGGGCCACACUGAGUUGACUGCCUCCGUGCAGCAGGGCAUAGAACCGUCGACAGAAAUAACUCCAUUUGUUCUAGACUGAGGAUCAGACAAGUUCCUGAGCAAGACGUUGAACUUGCGAUUAGAGGAAAUGUUUUACUGUUAAGUGUUUUAUUUCUUAGAUUGUUUAUUGUGUGCCUUACUGUUUCAUAUUAUUAUCACAAUAAUUUUUUAAUUUAUGUCUUCAACUCUGAAUAACAUCUUAAAUAAACGUUGCUUUUGUAUUAUUGUUUUCCUUAUU